GUGUAGCUGCACAAAAUGUUGGUGGAAAAAUGAUUCAUUCCACCCUAAAAAUAAAACAAACUGGUGAUUAUUAUACAUCUCUAUCUCAAUAUGAUCCAACAACAAAAAAUAACCUAUCCAAAAUACAAGCCAUUAUAAUAGAAGAAAUAUCAAUGGUCUCAGCCAAUCUUUUCACAUUUAUCAGUAACCUUUUUGCCUCUAUCCAUCAAAACUCGAAAAUCUUUGGUGGCAUUCCUACUCUCAUCAUGGGAGAUCUUGCACAAUUACCCCCCAUUGAUGGACUCCCAAGACUAUUUUUCCCCCUCUUCUUACACCAACCUCAACGACAAAGAGAUGACCCUACUUUCUUUAAAAUACUCCAAGAAUUAAGAUUCGGUCACUUAACUGAACCAUCCAAAAAUUUAAUAAAAAACAAAAUUAAUUCGUCCUCCAUAACCCAAAACACUAUCAACUCAACCUACCUAGUAGGUCUAAGACAAUCUUCCAAUUCAAUCAAUGAAAUCUUGUGUAAAAAUCUCCCCCUAAACCAUGAAAGCCUAGGUCCAAUCAUCUCCCUUUCAAUCGACACCUUAAACCAUACUACACUCACCACAACUCAACAAAAUUCUCUCCAUUUCAACCAUCACACAAACUUACCAGAACAGAUAACUUUACAAGAAAGCGCAAGAGUCAUAUAUUUAAAUAAUAAACUAUUCGAGCAUGAAAUUUGCAAUGGAACAGUUGGUAUCAUAACAAAAAUAAUAAACACAGAAAACAUUGAAGUCACAUUUUCUACCUCUACUACCCUCACCAGAAUAGUCGUUCAGAAAGAAACAUCCUAUUUUAAUAUAAACGGCCUCACAUUACCUCACGCCACGGUAAGUAUUGAUCAAGGAAUAUUUGCCCCAGAACAAGCAUAUGUUGCGAUGAGCAGAGCAACUUCCUGGAACAAUCUCGAUAUCCUUUCUUUCGAAUUCGAUACUGUAAAAACUGAUCAUACAGUCAUAUCUGAAUAUGCAAGACUUGCCGAAUUAAACAGAAAGGGAUUAAACCAAUUAACAUCAAAUCAUCAAAAUUAA